AUGCCGGAGCCCGUGACUGCAUCUGAGCAAGCAAAGCCUCCGGCUGCCAUUCCCGAAGAGCCAAAGCUGUCUCCGGCUGAACUGAAGAAGAAGGCAAAGGCGGAGAAACAGGCUCGAAGAGCUGUGCAGAAGGAGCAGCAGGGUCCACCGGACACAAGGCCGAAAGGUGGUCAGCAGAAGAGCCAACAGCCACAGCAGAAGCAGAACAAGCAGGCGAGCUUGGACAGCAAGCAUCAUGAACGUCCUGGAUCAUCACAGCAGUCUCUGCCGCUGCGACGAAGACCGUCACAAAGCGACGCCACCAAAGAGCGAGAGCAGCCGAAGAAGGGCAGUAAGCAAGUCGAGCUUUUCAGCCACCUAUACACUCAGCCUCGCCGCCAUACGAUUGAAGGAGCGUCGAAAGACAUCCACCCUGCCGUCCUCGCGCUCGGCUUCCAAAUGAGCAGCUAUGAGAUCUGCGGCAGCAGCGCGCGGUGCGUCGCCAUGCUCCUCGCCUUCAAAGAAUCGAUACAAGCCUACACGACGCCAAACAACUGGGCACUUUCCCGGCAUCUGAACUCGCACUACCUAAGCCCUCAAAUUGAUUACCUCAAAUCUUGCCGGCCUAUCUCGAUGUCUAUGGGCAAUGCCAUCCGCUGGCUAAAGAACCUUAUCGGCAAGGUCGAUCCGAACAUGCCGGAGCAAGAAGCCAAAGACUUCUUGUGCGGAGAGAUUGACCGCUUCGUGCACGAGCGUAUCACCAUCUCCGACCAGGCUAUUGCCACCACCGCCAGCGCUCAGAUCAGGAAAGGCGCUGUUCUACUAACUUACGGGAAGAGCUCUAUUGUCGAGAAAACCAUCCUCCAAGCUUACGCCAAUGGUACGGAAUUCCGCGUGGUCAUAGUCGAUGCAAGGCCUCUGUUCGAGGGCAAGCAGUUGGCCACGUCACUUAUGCGCGCUGGGAUAGAGGUGGAAUACCUGCCAUUUUCCGGCAUUACGCAUGCGGUCAAGCAGGCGUCUCUGGUGCUUCUGGGCGCUCAUGCUAUGCUCAGUAACGGGCGACUGCAGUCGAGGGUCGGCACAGCAAGUAUAGCUCUGGCGGCGCAUGAGGAGCACAUUCCGGUCAUUGUGUGCUGCGAGUCGGUCAAGUUCAGCGAUAGGGUGACGCUAGACAGUAUUGUCAUGAACGAGGUGGCGCCUUCAGAAGAGCUGUUUCUGCCAGCUCGUGUAGAAGCUCAUGCCGAGAACCAGGCCUCGAAUCAAGAAAUCAGUAAAGGUGGAGACGAUGCAAAUGGCGGUGCCGUACGGUCGCUGCGUGACUGGAAGGACAUUGCUGGUCUGCAGAUAUUAAACCUCAUGUACGAUGUAACGCCUGCAGAAUACAUUCGCAUGGUGAUAUGCGAGUAUGGAAGCGUGCCGCCAAGCUCGGUGCCUGUGGUUCAUCGGCUGGCGAACGAAGGUAUGUAA